AUGUCUUCCGAACGUGAAUUCCAGAUCCACCCCAUCGUCCAGGAGUCGGUGAUGCACAACACCAAGGCACUAUCAAACCUCCAAAGCCUAACGGCUUCCCUCUUCGGCGUCAGCGUAGGCGUCCUCGGCCUCGAGUCUUACAGCGGCUUCCUCGUCUACUUCGUCUUCUCCUUCAUCACCACUCUCCUAUUCUACGUCUUCAAGGUCGCUCCCGAGUCACUGUCUGAAGGUCGCCCGCCUCUCGACCCCACCCGCUUCUACCGCGGUAUCUUCGACUUCUGGCUCAGCGGCGCGUUCAGUGGCAUCUCCGGCUUCAUCCUGACGUGGACUUUAUUUUACGGCCUGGUAAGGGCGUAA